AUGAUUUCUUCUGUAGUAUCUCUUCCUUCUUCUCUCUACGCCGCUAAUUUCGCCGGUGUUAACACCACCGUAGCUCCACCUCCAUGCCGCGUCAGAUCUCGGCCAAUACUCAUCACCGCUAGCGCUACUGCCACCGCUGAAGCUCGCUCUACAUGGACUGAACAACCAAGAACUUCAUAUCUGAACUUAAACACGAUCUCUUCUCCUUCGCUCUACGAGAUCCUCGGUAUACAAGCAGGUGCCUCGGUACAAGAAAUCAAGUCUGCGUACCGUCGACUUGCUAGAGUCUGCCACCCUGACGUGGCGGCGAUUGAUCGGAAAAACUCGUCGGCGGAUGACUUCAUGAAAAUUCACGCUGCUUACUCCACGCUUUCGGAUCCUGAUAAACGUGCUAAUUAUGAUCGGAGCCUUUUCCGACGACAACGGCCGUUGUCGAUGAUGUCCGGCUACACUAGUCGGAAAUGGGAAACGGAUCAGUGUUGGUAG